AUGGCGGCACCAAUAGCAGUAGUGGCUAUUUAUGUAUAUAAUAUUAUAAGCUUUAUUCAAUGGGGUAAAAAUAUUAUCCAAAAAAUUUUCAGUAAAGAAACAACUACAACAACGAUUGCAUCAGUAUUUCCUUCAUCUCGAAUAAUAAUCGAAGAUACUACAAGUAUAUUUUCUAGAGAUAAAAUAUUUGUUCAUAAUUAUAUCGAAUUCUUUUCGUUUCAAUUGAAAUUAGAAUUUGAUUAUGAAAAUUUAAAGCAAAAGAAACAAUAUAAAUCGAAUGAUCGAACAGCUUCGUCAACUUCUGGUUCAUCUAUUAGUUUUGUACUCAUUAUUGCAAUUAUCCUUGCCGUUGUAGCUUUUAUUAUCUAUCGAAAACGAAUUGAAACUAAUGAGAAUAAAUUGAGUUUUGAACAAACUGAAAAAUAUUUUGAAACAUCACCCAGUCCACCAACAUCGGAAACCGAACCAAAUCAUUCAUCAAUGUGGUCAACUAUUCCUUCUUCAUUACAUCGAUCAACAUUAACUAUUGUUUGA